AUGACAGUAUAUACAGUAACAUCUGAAAUAUUUACAGAAAAUAAAAAUGCUUACAUAAUUAAAAAUGGUAAUGCAAUAUCAAACUUUAUUUUCAAGUAUCCAUCUUACAUGAUUAAACCAGAAUGCUUUAACAAUAUUAUAAUUCAUGAUAAUGAUGAUGACAUAGACAUAGACAGGCAACAAAGAGGAAAAUUAUUUAUAGAACAUCAUAUAUCUACAGAAUUACAGUAUGUUGGAUUACAAGUAUGGCGGGGUGCCUUAUUAUUAGCUGAUUAUAUUUUAUCUAAUCCUGAUUUAUUCAAAGAUAAAAUAGUUUUAGAAUUGGGUGCUGGAGUUGGCUUAACUAGUAUAAUAGCCAGUUUUCUUGCAGAGAAAGUAAUUUGCACAGAUAUUGACAUAAAAGGGAUAUUAAAACUGAUACGUUGUAACUUUAUGCGGAAUGGUGUUUAUGUUAAAUCUAAAGUUUAUAUUAAGGAAUUAGAUUUUUUAAACUUACAGUGGCCUACAUUUUAUGAAAAAAGAAUGAACGAAGCCACUGUUAUUUUAGCUGCAGAUGUAAUUUAUGAUGAAAAUGUAACAGAAGGAUUUGUUGACACAUUAACAAAACUCUUAAAUUCAAAAACACAGAAAGUUGUUUAUAUUGCUUUAGAGAAAAGAUAUGUUUUUACUACAGUCAAUAUGGAUGUUAGUGCUCCCAUGUAUGAAGAAUUUUUAGGAUGCAUAAAAAAAAAGCAACUUAAUUGGCAUAUUGAAUAUAUUAAAAUAGAUUUUCCACAAUAUUUCAAAUAUAAUAGAGUAAAACAUAUGAUUCUCAUGAAAAUAGAAAUGUACAUUCAUGUACACAAGUAA